AUGGCUGAGCACCUACUCCAAGCUUCCCGGCAACGCCGAGUGAAAGCCAUGACGGCCGCCGCGGGUUCGGCGGGUCAAGCCGCGGUGCCCAUGCUGCUGUGCACGCUGCUGGCGCCCGGCGGCGCGUACGUGCUCGACGACUCCGACGGGCUGGGCCGGGAGUUCGACGGCAUCGGAGCGGUCAGCGGCGGCGGGGCAACCUCCCGACUUCUAGUAAAUUACCCAGAGCCCUAUCGUUCUCAAAUACUGGAUUAUCUCUUUAAGCCAAACUUCGGUGCCUCUUUGCAUAUUCUAAAAGUUGAAAUAGGUGGUGAUGGGCAGACAACAGAUGGCACCGAGUCCUCCCACACGCACUAUGCAUUAGAUGAGAAUUAUUUCUGAGGAUAUGAGUGGUGGUUAAUGAAGGAAGAAGCUAAGAAGCGGAACCCUAAUAUCACACUCAUGGGGCUGCCAUGGUCGUUCCCUGGAUGGCUGGGGAAAGGUUUCAACUGGCCUUAUGUAAAUCUUCAGCCGACUGCCUACUAUGUCGUGACCUGGAUUGUGGGCACCAAGCAUUAUCAUGAUCUGGGAAUUUGGAAUGAGAGGGCAUUUGACAUCAGUUAUAUCAAGGUGUUAAGAAGAAUGCUGAACUAUCAAGGUCUCCGGCAAGUGAAAAUCAUAGCGAGUGAUAAUCUCUGGGAGCCCAUUUCUGCUUCUAUGCUGCUUGACUCUGAGCUCUUGAAGGUGAUUGAUGUUAUAGGAGCUCAUUACCCUGGGACCCGUACAGUAAAGGAUGCUAGGUUGACUGCGAAGAAGCUUUGGUCUUCUGAAGAUUUUAGCACUUUAAAUAGUGGUGUGGGUGCAGGCUGCUGGGGUUGCAUAUUGAAUCAGAAUUAUAUCGAUGGCUACAUGACUGCCACAAUUGCUUGGAAUUCGGUGGCUAGUUACUAUGAACAGUUGCCAUAUGGGCGUUGUGGACUGAUGACUGCUCAGGAGCCAUGGAGAGGGCACUAUGUAGUAGAAGCUCCUAUCUGGAUAUCAGCUCGUACCACUCAGUUUACUCAACCAGGUUGGUAUUACCUGAAGAUAGUUGGCCAUUUAGAAAAAGGAGGAAGCUAUGUAGCUCUGACGGAUGGCUUAGGUAACCUCACCAUCAUCGUUGAAACUAUGAGUCAUAAACAUUCCAUGUGUAUAUGGCCACUUCUUCCCUAUUUCAAUGUUUCACAACAGUUUGCUACCUGCAUUCUUAAGGGUUCUUUUAGUGAAAUACCAGAGCUGCAGGUGUGGUGUACCAAACUUGGAAAACCAUCGGAGAGAUUUCCUUUCAAACAACUGGAUUCUCUAUGGCUCCUAGACAGUGGUGGCAGCUUCACGCUGGAACUGCAAGAGGACAAGCUGUUCACACUCACCACGCUCACCACCGGCAGCAAAGGCAGUUACCUGCUGCCUCCGAAGUCCCACCCCUUUCCCUAUGUCUGUAAGGAUGACUUCAAUGUCGAUUACCCAUUUUUUAGUGAAGCUCCGAAUUUUGCUGAUCAUACUGGUGUAUUUGAAUACUUUAUGAAUAUUGAAGACCCUGGAGAGCAUCGCUUCACACUGCACCAGGUUCUCAAUCAAAGGCCCAUUACUUGGGCUGCUGAUGCAUUCAACACCAUCAGUAUUAUAGGAGAUUACAAAUGGUCCAAUUUGACUAUAAAGAGUGAUGUGUACCUAGAGACCCCUGAAAAGGGAGGUGUGUUCAUUGCUGGAAGAGUGAAUAAAGGUGGUAUUUUGAUUAGAAGUGCCAGGGGAGUUUUCUUCUGGAUUUUUGCAAAUGGAACCUACAGAGUUACAGGUGAUCUAGCUGGAUGGAUCAUACAUACUUCAGGACAUGCUGACGUUACAGCAAAAAAAUGGUAUACACUCACUUUAACUAUUAAUGGUGGUUUCUCUCCUGGCAUGCUGCAUGGCAAGCCUCUCUGGAAAAACGUCUCUGUGAACUUCCUGAAGAAUGGCUGGGCCGUGAUUGGAACUCACUCCUUUGAAUUUGCACAGUUUGACAACUUUCGUGUGGAAGCCACACACUAA